AAACGAGAUGGGUAUUCGAUCGGUAUAGAAAGUGUGCGACUGCAGCACCCUCUCGCGAAGAUAACCGCGGCGAGUUCUGUGUUGUACACCGUUGUCCCGACCGUUAUCCCCGGCUUCCUGCACAGCCGGUUCCUGAUGAUCGUCCCUCGUGGCAGGUUGCCAACGUCCGAAUAGUCGUUGAAUACAGACUUUUCUUUCUUUUCUUUUUAUCUCUACUGGGUCAGAGACCCUUUCCUUCUUUGUUUGCCGUCCAGCCAGCGCAGGCGCUCUUUUCAUGCAUUCUCUCCUUUUGUUCUGGCUUUCGAUUACCGCCACGUCAUUUGCUGUGACAAUACCCGCGGAAUACCUACCUUGCUUGGCGACAAAACGUCCUGGCGGGUUCGAACUGCCAAUUUUAAGAAAUAGCAAGCGAAAAAACACGCUUGGCGAACGGGGUGAUGUUAGUGGGUCUGUUGGGCUGGGUGAUAAUUCCGAUCUCUUAUACACCGUUCCUAUCGAGCUUGGAGAUGAUGUUACCGCUGUGAACCUUGACACAGGAUCCAGUGAUCUGUGGGUAAUCACCGACGCAUGUAGCAGUGGAACGUGUUCAUCGGCGACCACAACGCGAUACAAUUCUUCAACGUUAAACUUGACUGGCGUCGAGGUCACCAUGAAUUAUGGCGACUCUACCACCGGAACAUCAGCCUCUGGACCUAUAGCUUUUGAAACGAUCGCAAUUGCUGGUAUCUCCAUGACUGGACAAACAUUUGUCGCUGUCAAUGCUACUACGAAUCCCACCGUCAAAUAUAACGCAGCUGGCAUCUUCGGUUUGGGCUUUCCUAGUGGAAGCAAGGUUCAAGAAGCCGUCGUGGAAGAUAAAUUCGGGGACAUUUCCGACACGGACAAUUUUGUCCUGGCGACUCCUGAUGAUGGACCGUUACUAUCUCGAGUUGCUAUGACAACUUCUCUGCAAGCGCCUAUGUUUACUAUUUCUCUUCAGCGAGAUACUAUUGACAUUGGUGGUGGGAAUGGCACGCUUACUAUUGGCAAGCUGCCCGAUGGCGUUGACAACUCGUCAUUGACUUGGGUACCUGUUAGACUAUACUCUUCUAGUGAAGGAGGACUUACACCGCCUUCGUUUGCUCCAAAUGAAGUGUAUCCUUUCCGCUGGGAAGUAGACUUGGAUGGUGUCUAUCUAGAUGGUCAAAAGAUUGCCGACUCCACCGAAGCGGCUACCGAUGGUGUCAACGAUACUCGUAUAUCUGCCUUGAUCGAUACAGGGAACUCCCUUCUUCGUGGACCCUCGGACGUCGUCAACAACAUUCUUUCAACAGUGUCGUCCUCAUACAAUGCGUCGGAUGCUGACUCUCAAGCAAUCUUACCUUGCGCAACGGCCCAUACGCUCUCAUUUCAGAUCGGUGGCAAGAUGUUCCCCAUAGACCCUAGAGACUUCAUUGGAGAUUUGAGCUCUGGUGAUGCCACCAACUGCGUCGCGGACAACCUUGUCUCCACGGAUCCGCCAAGUCUGGGAUCACUUUACCGCUGGAGCUUGGGGGAUCCGUUCUUUAAAUCGAAUCUGGUAGCGUUCCACUAUGGGAACCUUACCUAUCCUUCGGUUGACCCUCCGCGCGUGGGUUUCCUGUCAACGGUACCCGAUAACGCCGAUAGCCUGCUGCAACAAGCGGUUCAAGAUGCGGAAGCUAAUGGCGGGAACUUCGAAUGUGUGCUUCUGUUUACCCCCGAGUCGUCUAAACUUUCCUCAUCCUAUAGCUAAUAGCUACGAUGGAAUUGGCACCUACCUCUGAGGCCGCAACUGCGAGCCAAGUGACGGUUAGCCUUGUGGAUUUAACAGAAUCAGUCACAGAGACUCAGCUUUCGGCGUCAGAGACUGCUUCUGUUG